GAAAAUUCGAAGAGAGAGAGAGGAAUAACAGGGGAUUCCCUCCAACUCCAGCUGCUCUUCGCUGCACGCACAUGAGCGGCAGAAAAACAGACACGCGAGGAGGAGAACAGAACAGAACAGAGGAGAUCGAUCGACAUCGACUUCCCUUCCCUUCCCUCCGCGCCGCUCGCUAACUCAUCCCUGAUCCGAUCCGAAUCUCCGAUGCGGCCGCGGCGCUCGGUCCGUGUGGCCGUGAUCGGGGCCGGAGCGGCCGGGCUGGUGGCGGCGCGCGAGCUGCGGCGGGAGGGCCACUCCCCCGUCGUGUUCGAGCGGGCCGACGCCGUGGGCGGCGUCUGGGUCUACGACGAUGCCGUAGCCGGCGGAAGCGAGCAGCGCCCGUCGUCGAGCUGCCUCUACGCGUCCCUCCGCACCAACCUGCCCCGCGAGUCCAUGGGCUUCCUCGACUUCCCCUUCCACGCCGCCGGCGAUGGCGACGCCCGCAGGUUCCCGGGCCACGAGGAGGUGCGCCGGUACCUGGAGGACUUCGCGCGGCGGUUCGACCUCCUCGGGCUCGUCCGGCUCCAGACGGAGGUCGUCCGGGUCACCAGGGAAGCGGCCGGCGCGAGCGAGAGCUGGCGCGUCAGCUACCACACGAGCGAGAGGCGCGAAGCGGAGGAAGAGGAAGUGUUCGACGCCAUGGCCGUCUGCAACGGGCACUACGGCGAGCCACGCUUCGCCGACAUCCCCGGCAUGGACGCCUGGCCUGGGAAGCAGGUGCACAGCAACAACUACCGUGUGCCGGAGCCAUUUCGGCAACAGGUCGUGGUGGUGAUAGGGUGUGGGCCGAGCGGAACGGACAUUGCCAGGGACAUGGCCGGUGUCGCCAAGGAGGUCCAUCUCGCCAACCGAUCGGCGCCGGCUUCCACUUGCGAGAGGCUGCCUCUGCCUGGCAAUGCUAACCUGUGGCUCCAUUCCAUGGUCGACCGUGCUGAGGAAGACGGCACCGUGGUAUUCCAAGACGGCAGUCGGGUCAAGGCGGAUGUCAUCAUGCACUGCACUGGAUACAAGUACAGCUUCCCAUUCCUCGGCGAAGACUCGACCAUCUCCGUGGAUGACAACCGUGUCGGUCCUCUGUACAAGCAUGUGUUCCCGCCGCAGCUAGCUCCCCGGCUCUCCUUCAUUGGGUUGCCAGUAAAGGUAAUCCCUUUCCCACUGUUCGAGCUCCAGAGCAGCUGGGUGGCCGGCGUCCUGUCGGGACGAAUUGAGCUCCCGUCCGAGGAGGAGAUGACGCGAGACGUGACGGCAUUCUACUCGGCGCUGAGCUCUCGCGGGUGUCCCCGGAGAUACACCCACAACAUGCGAAACCAUGAGUUCGAGCACGAGGACUGGCUCGCGAGCCAAUGCCGGCGCGAGAGGAUCGCCGAGUGGAGGAGGGGGAUGUUCGCUGCCGCGACCGGGAAGAACGCCUUGGGCCGCAUGGGGAGCUACAGGGACGAAUGGGACGCCGGCGAUGGCGACCAGCUCGACCUUUUGCUGGCCCGAGCAAACCGAGAAUUCGCCCAGUAUUUUCUUCCUGCGGCUCCCCCGCCUUAAUUUCCCUCCCCCGGUUGUUCGCGGCAGAUAUCAAGGAACAGAAGAUGAAGAACACGCUUGCUGUACAGUGACAUUUUACCCUUAAUGAUUUACCUAAGGGGAGUUCAAUUCAUUCAUUCAUUCAUCCA